CUGAAUAAUUUACCCAUAAAUCAAAAUUUAAAUUUGUAAUUGCAAAUACAACAAAACGUAGUUUUGACAACAAUCGUCAACAAUGGUGGAACGGAUACCGUGACAUUUUAUGGCAGUAUUCGUUUUCUGAUACGAAAAAUAUCAAUAAUGAUCAAUAAUUCACUUGAAAUAACCUUUGCGAUUAUAUUGCAAUAAUAUUUCGCUCAAUCUUGACAUAAAACAUUAAGAAUGUGUGAUGUUUGUUCGGAGUUUUCACAGCUUUUAGUAAAUUGUGAAUCCAGAUUGACCGACGAUGUAUCCCAGUAUCCAACAAUAAGUCAAUCUGAGCUGGAGACAGUGCUAAACUAUAUUCUUUCAUGGCCACAAAGGCAAUGUAUGUGUUGCUAUCGGGAUGUAAAGAAUUUUGAAAGGUUCUAUCUUGUAGUCCAGAGCAUACUGUGCUUGUCUGUUUGCCAACUAAAGCAGCUCAAAGAUGAACUAAUAGAAGCAGCUAAAACCACACCAGCAGCUGAGAAUGCACAAGAAAAACAGAAACCUGAGAUUGAAACUCCUUCCACUACAGAAGAAAAGAAAAAUGAAGAGAAGGAAUCUCCAGCUGAACCAGAUGAUCUCUCCCCCGUACCUGACACUGCAGAGGAGUCCAAACAUGCUGAGACACCUUCUCCUCCAACUGAAGACACUGAAGUAUGGUCCAUGCAGCAAAAGGAGAAGCUCAUGCACAUUGUGUCUAAAGUAUUCCUCCUUAACUUCCCGCUAUACUUAGCUUGCAAACACUCUGCACUUAGUCGGUUAGAUGACCUCUCUGCUCAAGAAAUAUCAAAUCUGAGUUCAUAUUGUGACCUGCAUGACACUGAGAUACCUGCUUACUUACUUCGCAAUGUAAGCUUAUUCUGCAAGUUAGGGGGAGUGUGUGCCAUGACAUCUGUGUUUGAAAGUGCUACACCCGGAAGCCUGCCAUUGUCCAUGGCCCAUGCUAUUGUAGCUGCAGUGGGCAACCUUAAACUGUGGCUAAACUUCAGGGCUGUGGCUCAACUCUUCAUGCCAUUGAGAAGCAAAAUACUAAAGUACAUGUGCAGCUUAGAGGAUAAGGAUCUUCGGGUGCCAGCAGUCAAGUCUAUGGCAGAUUUCAUGUGGGGAGCAGCGAAGGAACCACUAGACGCGCCUCUGGCGUUUGACGCGGAUGGGCUAGCAUUGGCCUUCAAGUACUUCAACAGCAGUACCCUGACGAUGCGUCUAGCCGGCGUGGCGCAGAUCAACGCGCACAUCGCGGCUCACAAUGAGCUGUGCGCGGGCGAGCCGGCGGCCGACGCGGAGGUGGCGGGCCAGCAGCUGGCGACCUGGCUCUCCAACAACAACAUCAUUGAACACUUGUUUGGGCCUAAUCUACAUGUGGAGGUGAUAAAGCAAUCUCAUAUGAUCCUGAAAUUCCUUGCGGUUGAGGGGCGCGUCACGCCGGAGCACGUAGAGCUGGUUUGGGCGGCGGCGCAGCUGAAGCACUGCGGCCGCCAGGUUUACGACCUGCUGCCCGGUUUCAUCAGGGCGUUGGCGCCCAAGCCAUGCGCUCAUCUCUAUAGCUUGUUGUGUGCCUUGCCGCCUAAGGAACAUACUGAACAGAGCCUGUACCUGGCGUCCGCGCUGAUGCGCGCGCUGUGGUCGCGCGGGGCGGGGGCGGGCGCGGGCACUCCGGCGCCGGCGGAGGACGCGCCGCUGCGCCCGCCGCAGCCCUCCUGCAAGCCGCACCACAACUCCUCCUCCGAGGCCAGCGUCAGCAUGGACCAGACCAACUCAGAUGAUGACCCUUGCGAGGAGCUGAGCACAUCUGGUGAAGAGGCAGGACCGACGCCGCGCAAACAAAGUAAACAUCAGCGUGACCUGACUGCUGAACAAGAGUGGCUGCGCGAAGGCGAAGAGCUCACCAAGAAGGAAUGUCCUACACUCAAGUCUUGCCAAAAACGCAACAAACGCGCGGGCAGUAGCGGCAGUGCUAGCAGCGGCGCGGAGGAGUUGCUGCGCCCGCGAAAGAAGAAGUUCUACAAGAAGCGCCACAAGCCAGGCAAACCCAAGCAUUUCCCAGCGACACAGCUGAAGACCGCGGACUUGGCGGAGUCGGUGUCUGAAGUGGAGGAGGAGUCGUCCGGCAGUGAUACUGCACAUUGUCCGCUGAUCUGUGACAAUGUGGACGCUAGGCGUCUAAUGGAACUGCGCUUGAUGGAGAGCUAUAAGCGUCGCGGCGGCGCUGGUGAGGAGGAGGAAGGCAGUGCAUCAUCAGCGCUCUCCCCCCACUCCCACCCCCACCUCGCUGACCUGGACGAGGACGACUCCGCCUGCGAGGAGGAGUUGGCCAGGCUUGCUGCGCAGGCGCAGUGCCUGACGGAGUACCAGGGCGGCGCGGCGGCGGCGGGCGGCAAGCGCGCGCGCGGGGCCUCGCCCGCGCCCGCCUGCGACGUGGACGACGUGUGCCGCCCCGGGAACACGCUGCUGUGGGACCUGCUGCAGGACGGCAACAUUGAGCAACUUGGCGAGGGCUUAGCGCUCGAGGCGGAGAAGGCGCUCUGCGCGUUGUUGUGUUUCAGCACGGACAAGUUUAUAAGGAUAAAGUUCAUUGAAGGAUGUCUUGACAAUCUUGCCAAUCACAGAUCUGUAGCGGUCUCUCUUCGGCUAUUACCGAAAUUAUUCUCGUCAUUUCAACAGUUACGCGGUAUGGACAUGCAUCAGGUGGUGAUGUGGGCGGAGCGCGAGCGCGGCAUGAUGCGGCUGUUCCUGGAGGACCUGCGCCACUACACGGGCGUGGCGCGCGCGCCGGGCGAGGCGCCUCACUACGCGCACAUCACGGAGCUCACCGUGCGCCUGCACUUCCUCACCGCCAUCUUCUCGCCCGUCGGCUCGCCGCAACACUUCCGGUUAACGGUGGAGCAAGUAGAAGAGCUGUGGCAAUGCCUCGUGGUCCGCGGCAGUAGCGAGUGCGCCGACUGCCUGUACUCGUGGCUGCUGUCGCACACCAAGUCGCCGGACCAACACGCGCUGGGACUCGACGCGUUGCGGUUCCUGUACGUCGAGAAAAUGCCCACUCUUGACCCAGAGACCAUCAGCAUCAUGGGGCUGAGCCUGUACCAGCAGCUGUGCAACCUGGCCCGCAUGGCGCUGGGCACGGGCGACUCGCGGGACGCCGCGCACCCACACACGCUGGCCAUGGACCAUCUGUGGAAGAUAGCGCUCAGGGCCAACAGUACUGAUGUAUCAAUGGGUGCCAUACAAUACCUAAACAGCUACUACAUGGGUCAGCAACUUCAACAGGAGGACGAUUUCGUAGCUAAAUGCAUGUUCCACCUGUCGUCCGCCGCUGAAAGGCUUAUUACCAAGAAGAAGGAUGGCGAGGGCACCUCGUCCUCUCAGAUGACGUGUGAGCAAGACGUCAAAGAGGAAAAGACUGUUGACAAACAGAAUAUUUAUGAGCAUAUGACUGAAGAGGCAGCGCUACAGUGCAUACAGAGGGCGCUGCUACUGUUGAAAACACAUCUUGAUACUUUUAAGAGGAGGUACGCGUACCACCUGCGGCGCUGGGCGCUGGCGGAGUCGGGCGCGUGGGAGGGCUGCGGCGGCGGCGGCGGCUCGGUGCGCGUGACGCUGCAGCCGGCGGGCGCGGGCCCGCGCGCCUCGCUGGCGCUGCACCACUCCGACCUGGUGGCGCAUCUGCGCGCGCACGUGCACGUCUGGUGGGAGAAACAGAUACAAGGUGAAGAAGGCGUAACUUCACUAUCUACGGAUGGACCGUUGCGCAUGAUAACACAAGGACAAGAGUUGACAAUAGACUAUGACGAGAGGACCUUGUACGACAUGGGCUUCAAGGAUAAUCAGCUCGUCUUCGUAUCAGUCGGAGUGGGCGGGCGGGGUGCAUGGGCGGAGUGGCCGUCCGCGCAGCCUGCACCCGCCCGCGCUCGGCUGCCGACGCUGCUGCUGCUAGACCCCACCUACUUCCACCAACUCUUCACGCUCAUGCAGGCGUUGGGACAGAUGAAGGAACCCGGGGCCAACAGGGAACCCGUAGCUCACACAAAAGCUCAACUCCUAUCCCGUCGUGUCUGGGAUAUACUCCAAGCCGUGCCAUUAAACCCCACCCUACUGGAGGCCUUCCAAAACCCGACGGAGGGCAAGCUACCAGAACUACUGGACCCAACCAGUCCACAGAAGCUCAUGUAUUCCCUACACAUUAUUGAUAAGCUGAGCUCAAGUAAUUCUGGUCCGCCGAAUGUCAAAGAGAAUACAGUCAGUACAUUAAGUCCUCUGGUUACUAAUGAGAAGAGUGAGGAGGAGAAGGCUGCGGUGGAAAACUGGAACGAAUUGUUUAUUAAGAAGGGAGGUCUAAGACUGUUAUACGAUAUCAUGAUGUCAGGUGUACUACAAAGGAAUGACGACAGCGAGUGGCGUCAGGACUGCCUGGCGCUGUUGCUGCAGCUGCUGUGCAGGAUAGGCACGCUGCCCUCCACUGACCCCGCGCUCACGCCCAAGUUGCACCCGUCUUUGCUAUCACUGAUGAGCGUGGAGGAGACGACCGAGCGCUUGAUAUCGAUCCUGUGCGAAGCGGCCACACUCAAGGAACCCACCACAUACAAAACUGGCUUCUGGGGAAGAGCACAGGUGGUCCAACACGCCAUGCGUAUGUGCGUGUGGUGGGCGCGGGGUGGCGGUGACGCCGUGGCGCUGGCCUGGUCGCUGCGGCGGGCCGCGCCGAGACUGCUGCUCGACGAUGCUGACCCGGCGGUCCGUCGCGAGGCGGGCAGCGCGCUGUACCGGCUGUGCGCGGGCGGCGAGGUGGCCGUGCUGGCGCCGCUGCUGCAGCUGCUGCUGGAGCACCUGCCGCGCGCCGCAGACAUGCGCCCGCACCACGCGCCCCACCACCACCACCACCACGACGUGGUCCAUCAUCACGCGGAAGAAGGAAAGGAACCGUAUGGACCGGCCUGCCGGGAUUACUUCUGGCUAGUUUGUCGACUCAUUGAUGGUCUACCGGAAGAUUUCUUCAAAGAAGGUGCAACUUCCGAAGACAGUGGCGCCCCCGAUCUCAACGAGCUAUGCGAACAAAUCCACACGUCUUUAGAGAAGCGAGAGAUUAUUGAGCGCCGCACUGAACCCUGCUCACCUGACGACGGGCUCUACGGACAACUCAGCUUACUGACGCACUUGGUCAAACACCCCUUACAGUUCAAAAUGUCUGAACAAGGGACUAGGACUCUGGAAAUGGUAUUCGGCUUCCUAUUCGACGUCCCUAACCCGGACAACCGCAACCUGCCUAAGUGCAAGUCGCAGAAGUCGCGCGCGGCGGCCUACGACCUGCUGGUGGAGCUGGUGCGGGGCGCGCCCGACAACUACAUGGUGCUGCAUAACAAGCUCAUGGAACACCAUAAACCUGGUCCGCAGUCGUCGUACCCGUGGGACUACUGGCCGGCGGAGGAGUCCCGCUCGGAGUGCGGCUACGUGGGGCUGACCAACCUGGGCGCCACGUGCUACAUGGCGUCGUGCAUGCAGCACCUGUACAUGAUGCCGCAGGCGCGCGCCGCGCUGCUGCGCGCCGACGUGGCCGCCAGCCGCCACGCGCCCACGCUGCACGAGAUGCAGAGGAUGUUCGCAUAUCUCAUGGAAAGUGAGCGCAAGGCAUACAAUCCGCGUAGCUUCUGCAAGGUGUACCAGAUGGACCACCAGCCGCUGAACACUGGCGAGCAGAAGGACAUGGCGGAGUUCUUCAUCGACCUGGUCUCCAAGCUCGAGGAGAUGACGCCCGAGCUCAAGAAGCUCGUCAAGACGCUGUUCUGUGGAGUGCUUAGCAACAAUGUUGUGUCGCUGGACUGCCCGCACGUGUCCCGGACCCUCGAAGAGUUCUACACGGUGCGCUGCCAGGUCGCGGACAUGCGCAACCUGCAUCAGAGUCUGGACGAGGUCACGGUCAAGGACACGCUGGAGGGCGACAACUGCUACACCUGCUCGCACUGCUCCGCUAAAGUGCGCGCGGAGAAACGAGCGUGUUUCAAGAAACUCCCUCGCAUCUUAUGCUUCAACACGAUGCGGUAUACAUUCAACAUGUUGACAAUGCUCAAGGAGAAAGUCAACACGCACUUCUCGUUCCCGAUGAGGCUGGACAUGUCUGGCUAUGUCGAGAAACAUCUCAUGCCGGCGCAAUAUCAAGAGGAGAAGAACAAGAUUGCAGAAAAAAAGGAAGGUGAUGCUAGUCCCACCGCUGAAGUUGAAGACAACUCGGAAUUUGAGGAGCAUUACGAAUACGAGCUGAUAGGCGUGACAGUCCACACGGGCACGGCGGACGGCGGCCACUACUACUCGUUCAUCCGCGACCGCGAGCACGAGCACCACGACCGCUGGCUGCUGUUCAACGACGCCGAGGUCAAGCCCUUCGACCCCGCGCACAUCGCCGCAGAGUGUUUCGGAGGGGAGAUGACGAGCAAAACCUACGACUCUGUGACAGACAAGUUCAUGGACUUCUCCUUCGAGAAGACAAACAGCGCGUACAUGCUGUUCUACGAGUGGAGCCCGCCGCGCAGCCAGCGAGGGUCGGACUGCGGACAGCAGGAAGAGGCACAGUCGUCGACCGCGGAGGAGGCCAGCCCCAGCCCGUCAGUGGAGCGGCGCAGCAGCGAGGCGGCCGUGCGCCUGCCGCCCGACCUGCUCAAGUGGAUAUGGGACGAUAACAUGCAAUUCCUGCAUGAUAAGAAUAUCUUCCAGCACGCGUAUUUCACAUUCAUGGGUCAAAUGUGCAGCUCAGUGCCUCAGUCACUGAUGACUCUGAGGCCGGAGGUCACCGAGGUCGCGGCGAGGUUAUCGACCUCAUUCUUUAUUGAAACCUUCAUCCAUGCAAAAGAAAAGCCAACAAUGGUAUCAUGGGUGGAGUUAGUGACAAAGCAGUUCAACGCAUCUGCUGCAGCUUCAGAAUGGUUCCUAGGCCAUAUGGCUGAUGACACGUGGUGGCCGAUGCAAGUAUUAAUAAAAUGCCCGAAUCAGAUGGUCCGGCAAAUGUUUCAAAGACUUUGUAUGCACGUUAUACAGAGACUCAGAUCUAGUCAUUGUGCCUUAUACCUACAAGGUAUGGAAGAAGACGAGGAUAAUAGCAAAUUGGGCGAAGCAAGUUGUGUUACUAGGUUUAUAAGGAUGUUAUUAUCACUGAUGGAGAACGGCGCCCGCUCCCACCUGCGCCACCUGACGGAGUACUUCAGCCUGCUGUACGAGUUCAGCAAGAUGGGCGAGGAGGAGGGCAAGUUCAUGUUGCGCAUCAACGCCAUCUCCAGCAUGGUCAACUUCUAUCUAGGACAGAAUUCUACUACAUCGGAGUCCCCCAUGGAGGAGGCGGGCGGCAGCGGCGCGGCGGAGAGCGCGGGCGACAAGCUGCGGCCCGGCGCGCUCGACAAGAUGGUGGCGCUCGUGGCCGGGCUCGUGGAGCGCUCGCGGGACGCCGCGGGGCAGCUCGCGCUGCUCGAGCCCGACGCCAGGGCGCUGCUGCAUGCCAAGGGGUUUCCUUUCAUUUACCAGCAGACGCGCGACUGUCUGAACCUGCAACAGACUCGCUCUCUAAUAUUCGCGCUCUGCCGGUGGAACGAGCCCCUCGCACAGAAGAUCGUGAACAUGAUAUUUCAAGCAAUAGCUAAACAUUCCGAGAGUUGUGGACCAUUUUUUAAACUACUGACGCUGCUGGUGGAGGGCAGCGGCGGCGGCGCGGGCGCGGCGGGCGGCCUGCCCUGCUUCACGCAGCUCGUACUGGCGCGUCUGUGGGACGCCGCCGACUGCUGCCCGCACGCCGCGCUCGAGUGGCUCGCGCUGCAGGUCCCGCGCAACAAGGCGGCGCACGCGUGGGCGCUGCGCACGGCGGAGCGGUGGGUGGAGGCGCAGCUGCUGGGCGCGGCGGCGGCCCGCGUGCGCGCGGCGGCCGCGCUGCUGCUGGUGGCGCUGGUCCCGUCGCAGCACUUCCGCGCCGGCUACGCGCGCGCGCGCCCCGCCGCGCCCGCGCCGCCGCCGCACGCGCCGCACGCGCCGCACGCCAACCACGCCAAGCUGCCCGACACCGCGCAUCACACCCUGCAUCAGGUGUACACGAUGCUGCUGGGCAAGUUGAAGGCGGCCCGCAAGUACACCGAUAUCGCGGUACACGGCACUAUGAAGUUGACCGCGUAUUUCGGAGUCAUGUCGUAUUGCGUAGUCAGCAGGGUCGAGAAGCUCAUGUUCGGUCAAUACUUCAACGACCUAUGGGAUCUGUACCACCCCGCGAUCUCCGAACCGUCAGUAGCGGUACACCCCAACAAGCAAGCUUUACUGACAUUCUGGCACGCCGUGUCCGUCGACUGUCCCGAAAACGUGCAGCUAGCCGUCGCCAACCAGCGUCUGAUCAAACAUAUCGCCUUUAAUUAUAUACUCGCGGAUCACGAGGACGGCGAAGUAGUUGCGUACAACCGCGCGAUGUUGCCGCCGUACUACGCGCUGCUGCGGCUGUGCUGCCGCCGCUCCAGCGCCUUCGCGCGCUCGCUGGCGCAACACCAGAACAUACACUGGGCCUUCAGGAACAUCGCGCCCCACGCUCAUCUGUAUCCCGGGGCUGCUGAUGAACUACUCAGGCUCGCCCGCAUCCUCGCCGCUCGCGGUGGCAGCGGUAACAACGGCAGCACCAGCAGCGGCAACGGCAGUGGCAACGGUGCCAGUAGCGGCAGCGAGUCCGCGGACGGACGUGAAGCCGCCGCCUUCAGGCGAAGCACCCUCUCCGCUUAUUUACAGGGUCUUAACGGCAGGACAUGUUGGACGACUUUAAUAUCAGCGUUUUGUACACUUGUCGAGAACGAGGACGAUAGGUUGUACGUCGUGUAUAACGGUGGGCUGCAGAUGACUUUUGAAGCCCUGCACAGCCUGCACGCGGUGUACGUGGAGGGCGGCGGCGGCGGCGGCGCGGGCGGCUGCGUGCGCGCCGAGCUGACGGCGGCGCUGCGCUGGGCGCGCGCGCUGUGCCGCACGCUGCGCACGCGCCGCGACUGCAAGGAGGCGCGCGCGCUGCUGCUGGCCUGCAAGGACUGGCCCGAGUGCGCGCGCCGCCUGCUCACCAUGCUCAACCUGCACCAUCGCCACAACCAUCUGCGCGACGCCGCGCUCGGUGUACUGCGCGAGAUCCUGACGAUCGGCGGCGGCGCGGCGCUGGGCGCGCUGGUCCCGCUGGCGGCGGGCGCGCAGUGCGGGGCCCGGGCCCGCCCCGCGCACGCCUGCGGGGCCCGCGCCGCUGCGCUGCGCCUGGCCGCCGCCUACCGACCCUAUCACAAGUUCAUAGACACGUGUUGCCGCGUGGCCCGCAGCCAGCGCUGCAUGUCGGAGCAGCUGGUGUUGCUGUCGGCGCUGUGCGCGCUGGAGGCGGUGCCGCUGCGCUUCAACUACUUCGCGGCCUUCUGGCGGGACGUCGCCGCCUCGCCGGCUGAUUCCAAGUUGGAAGAGAUGUUACUAGAGUGCAGCGUGGCGACGGAGUAUGUGGACGCGGUGCUGCUGGACGAGCGCGAGUCGCUGGAGGACCCCAUCAUCUACCAGUUCAUGCAGCACUAUUAUCCUAAGCUGGGCGGCGGCGGCAGCAGCACCAGCAGCGGCGGCAGCAGCGGCGCGGGCGCGGCGGAGGCGCUGGCGGGCGCGCUGUGCGGCGGGGCGCGCGCGCCGCUGCGGGCGCUGCUGGCGCCGGCGCGGGCGCUGCUGCUGCUGGCCUCGCGCACGCCGCUGCCGCCGCCGCUCGCGCGCGACCUGCUGCGCGCCACCAGGAACAUCCGCCAGCGGCUGCAGCACGCCACCGAAGAGGAAAGCUCCGAGCCGGAGAGCGGGUGCGCGGGCGGCGCGGGCGGCAGCACGCGCGGCGCGUCGGGCUCGGGCAGCUCGGGCUCGGACGCGGCGUCGGAGGCGGCGUCGCCCGACUCGGAGGCGGACGCGGCGGCGGCCCCGCGCGCGGCGGCGCUGCUGGCGCUGGCGGCGGCGCUGGACGCGCUGGACGCGCUGGCCGCGGCCGCCGCCGCGCACCCCGCGCCGCCGCUGCCGCAGCACCCGCCGCAGCCGCCCGCCGACCCCUAA